AUGACGAAUACGCUGGAUCCUCGCCUCUUCCCGCGCCGGGUGCGGUAUGCUGCACUCCUGACUGUUAAUGUUUUCGUCUUCAUGGGCAAUAUGUACUCGUCUGGUAUUGCGACUGGGUUCGGAUCCCUCGCUGCAGACCUUCAAGUUCCUUACCAGAAGCUGGCCGACCUCAUCAGUUGGUCUGUUAUGGCUAUGGGAUUGUCCAACUUGUUCUGGAUGCCGCUGGCUUUAUGUAUUGGUAAACGCCCGGUUGUUUUGGUUUCGAUGGCCAUGUUUCUAGGAGGGAUCAUUUGGACUGCUGUGGCGAAGGACUACGAUAGUUUGAUGGGGGCAAGAGUAUUUGCGAGUUUUGGGUUGGGAUCUAUCGAGUCGAUCGGACCGAGUAUUCUCGCCGACCUGUUUUACGAAAAGGAUUAUGCCAGUGCAAUGGCCACCUACGCCCUGUUCCUCUCCGGUGGAUCACAAAUUGGACCCGUGAUAGCAGGAUAUCUUGUGGCUGCUCGAGGAUGGCGCUGGUUCUUCAUCCUCUGUUUGAUUCUUGCCGCCGUCAAUCUUGCCACGACAUUCUUCCUGUUACCUGAGACCACGUACGAGCGCGAUGAGGAGGAGCAGCCGACUGAUCCCAAGAAAGAUGAGCAUACCCAUAUCGAGACCGCCGGCAUCCCCGCCGAACGUCCCUCCUUUGACUACGCCGCCUACUGGAAAAGACUUUUCAUUGUUCGUCUAUCCAAAGAAGCGCGUCAGAAGGGACCCCUGAAACACUUCUUGUAUCAGUUCUGUCUGCCGGCACCAAUGUUACUGGUUCCUGGGGUGUUGCUGGCAUCGGCCAUGUAUGGGGUUAUCCUCGGAGCCUUCAUCGGUAUUUUGAUCGUCUUCCCCAUCGCCGGCCCGUUAACCGACCAUCUCUCGCAAUGGAUGCGCAAUCGCAACAACGGCAUUCAUAAACCCGAGCACCGUAUCCCCGCCCUGAUAGUUCCCUUCAUCAUCAGUCCCAUCGGUCUCAUUGUUUUCGGAUACACCAUUUCCAGGCAUAUGCACUACGCUGCCCCAGCGGUCGGCCAGGCGAUGGCAGCCGCGGGCCUGACACUUGUGCCUUCCGUGAUGCUCUCCUAUGUGGUGGAUUCAUAUCCAUACACAAGUGGCGAGGCAUUGGUUUUAGUUAACGCCAGUAAGAACGUCGUGGCGUUUGGAUUAUCCAAGGGAUCGGUAUCCUGGAUGACGCGUGAGGGAAUCGAUAACAUGUUUUAUGAGUUCGCGGGCAUCCAGUGGAUCGUGAUUGCUUUGGGUUUGCCGCUUUACUUUGCAGGUCCUUGGCUGCGGAAGAGGACAGGAAAGCUGUUCUAG